AUGUCUCAAGAUACAGAGAGGUUGUCGCAGGCCUCCUUGGCCCCUCCUGUGGAGAUCACCAUACCCAGCACCCCGCCGCGGCGCUCCAUUCUUUCCGCCUCCCCAGAUCUACGGCACGCGAGGGACGGCAAUGCGGCGCCGUCUGACAGGAAUAGCAGCAACCUUUGUUCGCCUCCACCCGUCUCUUCAUCAGAGAUGACCCCUCCUCCAUCGUCCCAGCCGCAUGCUCCUCUGCGCCGACGAUCUAGGUCCCGAUCCGGGUCCCGCGUGGUAGUUCCCGCUUCGCCACCAUCAGAGUCAUUGGAGAAGACCCUCUGCGCUGCGUACGGCGCGUCCGAGAACCUGCCUACUGCCGAGGACAUCGAGGCCGCCAAUGAACAGCAACUCCGCGCAAUGGCCAAGGAUCUGCUGAGUGUGGCGCAGGAGGCCCGCAUGUCUGCCUUGCAUUUCAAAUUACAAAAUAGUCUGCUGUCUUUUGCUAGCAAUGAAGCAAUCAAGCGUGCCGAGGUGGAGCAGCAGCUGGCCCGAAGGGAGGUCGAAAUUCUGCAGAGCUCAGAGUAUCGGAAUCGCCAUUACGCCUCAGAUCUGAGGACGCCGCUGCUGUCUCCGAACCCGCAACUGGACGCCUCCUUGAAGCGGAUUGAGGAACUGGAGCAGCUCAAUGCGAAGCUCAAAAAGAGACUCGAAGAUGCCGAGAAGCUUCUCGAAGAAGUAAUCGAGGAAGAGAAUGGGAAACAUGAAUCGUUGCAAGAGGAGAACCGACUUCUCAAGAAACGUAUCAGAGAAAAUCGGGAGCAUUUCACUCUCAUGUUGGAUCAGGGCUCGCUGUCGUCCAGUCCUCGCACCGAGUUCCAGACCCCUCAGAGGAAAUCGCAGCCUAGAUAUCCCGACAGUGCUCGCUCCCACGGCAACCACGAUGCAUUUGCAACCUUGCUAGCGGCCGAUCGCGUCUUGAACGGAGAGUCUGCCAACGUUUCUCCCCCAUCUGCUCGUGACCGUCUGCCCAGGCAAAGCCACGGUGGUGGUCAUGUCCGGGGAUCCCACUCUAUGUCCUCCCUUCCUGCCACCCCUCAGCGCUCUAGGGACGUUCCUGAGGUCCAGUACGUCACUCCAGGCAGCCGAUCCCAGGAGAAGAUCGUCCCCUCCACCCCUGAGCGUGAGCAGCCCUACUCAGAACGGGACCGCCAUGACCGAGACAGUACGAUUUCUGCGUCUGAUGGAGAGGAAGCGGUUACCGACGAAGACGUGCCGGCCUCUCAAGCUAGUUCUCUAGCCACCAACAUGCUUCUUCGCUUCCCUGGAAGCAGCCAGGAGGCGUCGUCACCUGCUCGCAACGUUGGAAAAUCCAACAACCUUGUUCAGACGAAGUUGUUUGGUCAGGUCAAGAAGGCGGGUGUCGAGCGGCCCAGUUCGAUGAAACGCAAAGGAGUCUUUGAAGACGAUGAGGGUUCCGUGGCGAAGAAGUCCAAGGAAUCUGACCGCGUCGGCCUGGGCAUCAACGCCUGGAAGGUAUCUUCUGGAUAG